AUGGGGAAGGCUCAUGUCAAUAAAUACCAGCUUCAAGACAGCAAACGUUACUGUCUUUACAGAACAUUCCUCCAGACCUUAGGAAAACACCCUGACUCAGCCUUCAUAACCAAGGAUACAAUGGCAGAUGCAAGCUUUCAGAAGACGUUCCUGGAAGCCCACAACACCUACAGGUCAAAGCACAGCACGCCACCACUGACCCUUAGCAGCGAGCUGACUGCUUCAGCUCAGAAAUGGGCCGAUCACUUGCUGGCAAUCAGCACCCUGAAGCAUAGUGAUACACAGGAUGGAGAGAACGUCUUCACUAUGUACAGCUCAGCAACCAUUAAACUGACAGGAAAAGAAGCUGUAGAUUCGUGGUACAAUGAGAUCAAAGACUACAACUGGAGCAGUCCCGGAUUCAAAAGUGAAACUGGUCAUUUUACCCAGGUGGUGUGGAAAGACAGCACUGAACUGGGCGUGGGCAUGGCCACUGACGGCAAAAGGGCCUUUGUGGUUGGGCAGUACCGGCCAGCUGGCAAUAUGAACAUGGCAGAAUACUUUGAGAAAAACAUCCUCCCUCUAGGUUCUCAGAAAUAUGGCUCUUAUUUAGCAAAUAGACCUCGCCUCACUGACGACCCUGUCAUGAAUCCAGACAUUGAGGAAACCUGA